AUGGCGAAAGAAGGGGCCAUUGCCAUCCACGAACCCAACUACCGCUACGAUGUUUUUCUCAGUUUUAGGGGCUCAGAUACCCGCCGCACCUUCACUGGUAAUCUCUAUAAUGCUUUGCGCCUCAAGAGAUUCAAGACCUUCAUGGAUGAGGGUGGAUUGAAGAGUGGCGACCCAAUCGCAUCCUCUAUUCUCGAAGCAGUCGAAGACUCAAGGAUUUCCAUUGUUGUUCUUUCCAAGUACUAUGCAUAUUCCUCGUGGUGUCUUGAGGAACUAGUCAAGAUCCUUGACUGUAGGAAGGAGAAGAACCAACUGGUUUUGCCAAUCUUCUACGAUGUGGAUCCCUCCGAUGUAAGGCGUCAGACAGGUGCGUAUGGAGAAGCCAUGGCUCGACAUGAAGAUCGGUCCCGAAAGGACUCUGAGAAAGUACGGAGAUGGAGGUCAGCUUUGUCUGAAGUCGCCAACUUGUCUGGACUGCAAUUCAGAAAUGGGGAUGGCUACGAAUAUGAACUUAUCCAAAAGAUUGUGGAAGAAGUCACCCGAAGCUUGUCUCGCUAUGACGUUUUUCUCAGUUUUUGUGGAGAAGAUACCCGCUAUUCCUUUACAGGAUUUCUCUAUGAUGCUUUGCAUCGCGCGGGAUUCAAAACCUUCAUGGAUGAAGAGGGAUUGGAGGGUGGAAACGAAAUUUCACAAACUCUUAUCCAAGCAAUUAAAAAAUCAAGGCUCUCAAUUGUUGUUUUAUCUGAAAACUAUGCAUACUCCUCGUGGUGUCUUGAUGAGCUUGUCGAGAUCAUUGAGUGUAUGAAGGCAAAGAACCAACUGGUCUGGCCGAUAUUUUACGAAGUUGAACAGUUGGAUGUAAGCAAUCAAACAAAAAGUUACGGUGAUGCCAUGUCUUCACAUGAAACAAUGUUCGGAAAGGAAUCUGAGAAGGUGCAGAAAUGGAGGUCAGCUUUGUCUGAAGUCUCCAACUUGACUGGUUGGCAUAUCCAAGAAAAUAAGUACGAAUAUGAAUUUAUCGCAAAGAUUGUGGAAAAGGCCAUUGAAGUGGAAAACCAAUUGUAA